UUGUCAGAAUUUCACUUCACAUUUGGCUGACGAGUGCCGGUGGAGUGAUUGCAGAUUUCGAAUUGCAUUGCAAACAGAACUUUUCACGUCAGUCAAUUGGAAUUGAAAGCAUUGAAAGAAUUGAAUUUGGCCGCACAGUCAAGCCGGAAUUUCAAUAUGCUGUUCAAGAAGGUAAUCAUGCGCUCGACCGUGCUCUCCUGGGUCAUCUUCGUGCUGUGCUUCAUGGAGCAUAAGCUGCAGAUGAACGGAACCUCCUUGCCGAUCGCCAUAUUGGGCGUCUUGGCAAGCGUGACGGUGCUCCAUCUGCUGGUGCAGCACUAUGGGCUGCUGCCCGAGAUCCGCUGGCGAGAUAUGUGGCAGCUGAUGUCGUUCAAGGUGAUGCUGUGGAUUCUCGUACAGCUGCUGGGCACGGUCGCUCUCUCGGUGCUCUGGACCCAUCUGCUGGAUGAUGCCGACAUUGGCAGCUGCCUAGACAUUUUCAAAAGCCGCCUGAUGCUCGGCUGGACGCUGGCUGGCUAUGUGAUCUACGUGAGGAGCUGCCAAUUGGCGGCGGCCAUUGUGGCGCCCGAAAACGAAAUGGACUUUCUGGCCGCCUGCUUCCAGUUUCUAAAAAUUUAAUCAACAGCCACAGCUGGAGCAACAAUGGCAAUGCCACAGGCAGCCGGAGUCGACCUCUGAUGGCCUGAGCCUCACCUUGGCCUUGGACUGGGUCUGGGCAGGGGGUG